AUGAGCUCUAUCACCUCCCCGGAGAACGAGCAUGACUGGAUUAAUGCUCAACGCGGCCACAUCGCACCACCUGAGAACGGUGGGAUAAUUUACUCUCGGGACAAGAGUAACCCUAAUCCUAUCUGGAAUCACAGUGCCUAUGAAUUUCUGUAUGAAGAGCAGCCGCCGGAGGGCGUUGUCCAUCAAUCUUUGUGGAGACAGUCAAGGCUCUGCUAUAUUGGUGGCAUUUUCCAGGUAAUCGGUGGUCGCGGAGGCGUCAUCUAUCAAGUUCGCGCGCUGGACCUCUCGAACAUGACGAUCGUUGAGAUAGGAGGCACGAAUGAGGUGAUUGUCAUUGAUCCCUUGACCUCAGUGGAAACUGCACAGGCAGCUUUCCAACUUUACCUCGAAAAUGUCAAGGAUGGCGUACCAGUGAAAGUACGUGCCAUGAUCUACACCCAUUCGCACGCGGAUCAUUUUGGCGGAGCGGAGGCUAUCCUGCCGUACAAGGUCGACACUGACUUCCGUAUCUACGCCCCCAGCGGCUUUCUUGAGCACGCCGUGAGCGAGAAUGUCUAUGCGGGUAACGCAAUGGCUCGCCGGUCCGUAUAUAUGUACGGCGAAUCGCUGCCAAUUUCACCCACAGGUCAAAUUGGGGCCGGGCUUGGAUUGGCCUUGUCGCAGGGAACCAGCUCUUUAGUAGCGCCGACCCACUAUGUCUCCCAGAAUGGCCUACUAAAUCCGCCCAUCGCCGGCAUGGACAUUACCUGUCAAUUGACUCCCGGCACGGAAGCACCUUCAGAGAUGAACUUCUUUUUUCCAACCCUCAACGCCAUGUGCAUGGCGGAGAAUGCGACGCACACCUUACACAAUCUGCAAACCCUGCGCGGUGCUCCAGUCCGUGAUGCUCGUCUCUGGUCACGAUAUCUGGAUGAGUCGAUCGCUCUGUUUGGUACCUUGGCCGAUGUCGUAUUCUCCAGCCAUCAUUGGCCCACAUGGGAAACCGUGGACGAGGAGGGAAAUCGGAAGAAGACUAUCAUCGAGUACUUAAGCAGACAACGUGAUUGCUACGCAUACCUUCACAACGAGACGCUGCGGCACCUGAACAAUGGCUUGACCCCCGUCGAGAUCGCUGAGGUGGUGAAGUUACCUCCCUCUCUGCGGGAUGUAUGGGACCUAAAGGGCUACUACGGGUCUGUCAGCCACAACGUCAAAGCCAUCUAUGACAAGUACAUGGGUUGGUUUGACGGCAACCCGGCUAAUCUGUGGAAACACCCGCCCAAGGAGGAAGCAGCUCGGUAUGUCGAAUGCAUCGGAAGCACUGAAAAAGUCAUCGAGAAGGCUCUAGAGUACGUGGCAAAACACGAUCUGCGGUUUGCGGCCACCCUUCUCAACCACGCGGUCUUUAAUGACCCGAAAAAUUCAAAUGCGAAACAGGCAUUGGCCGAGGUUUAUCAAUCUCUAGGUCAAGGAGCAGAAAAUGGAACCUGGCGCAAUAUCUAUCUGACCGGCGCCAAGGAGCUUACUGGGGAAGUUCGAGGUGCUGUCAACAACAUGGCGCCCGAGUCGUUGUUCGCCUUCAGCUUGGACCAGCUGGUGGAUCUUAUGGCCAUUCGCUUGGACGGGCCAAAGGCGUGGUCUUCCAUGCCCUUUUCUAUUAACUUGAUGAUCACAUAUCCCGAAGGCGGCAAAGUAAACAAAUCUCCGGAGGGCUGGCAUAUGAGGCUGAGCAAUGCUGUCCUGACCGGCCAUGCCAUCCCAUACUCUGGACCCGGAACUUCCUCGUCUAUCCCGGCUUCUCUCACCAUCUAUGCCACCCAGGCGGAGUUUAUUGAGCUAAUCACUGGCGAGCGCAAGACUCUCGACAAUCUUGAUACAAAAGGCGACACUGCGGUUUGGUCUGUAUUAAGAGAUUUGCUGACCACUCAAGACAAAUCGUUCAAUAUUGUCACGCCUCCUGAGUACAACCAUAAGUAG